ACCUAUCACGGCACUUGGACAGGCAUGGCGCUCGACUUCCUGGCUGGGUGCCUCGGAGGCUGCGCGGGUAUCGUGGUCGGGCAUCCUUUUGACACCGUCAAGGUUCACAUUCAGACGCAAGACCAUCGAAAUCCCAAGUACAGAGGGACGUGGCACUGCUUUAAGACUCUCCUCGUACAGGAUUCGAUGGCCGGCCUCUACCGCGGGAUGUCAUCACCAAUGGCUGGCGUCGCGGUGAUAAACUCCAUCGUCUUCGGGGUCUAUGGUCAGAGCCAGAAGCUGCUGAAGGAGGGCCUACCGUCCGCGGAGUCCAAUAACCAUUUGGUCUGUUGCUUCCUGACGGGGGCCGCCGCGGGCAUUGCCCAGACGCCGGUGAGCAGCCCCAUCGAGCUUGCGAAGACGCGUUUGCAGCUGCAGAAGGCGCAGCCCGGAGUCAAGCAGCAGCGCAUUACCGGGCCGGUGCAGUGUCUCCGCGAGAUCCACAGAGCCAAGGGUUUCCGGGGUGUGUUCAGCGGCUUCGGUGUGACGCUGUUGCGCGAGGCCCCGAGCUACGGGAUCUACUUUGCGACGUACGAGGCCCUGACGGGCUCCCAGCGAUUGCUACCGACCUGGCAAAUGUUGCUGGCAGGGGGCCUCGCUGGCACCGCCUCCUGGAUCGUCUCCUACCCGAUAGACGUGGUGAAGUCACGGCUCCAGGCGGACACCGAGGCACGCUACUCCGGCGCCCUCGACUGCCUGCGCAAGUCCGUUAGGACCGAGGGCUACGGCUGUCUCGUUCGGGGUCUCAAUUCCACGAUCGUCCGCGCCUUUCCCACGAACGCCGUCACUUUCGCCGUCGUCACCUGGACGAUGCGACUGUUCGGUGAGGACGAGUCGCGCGAGAUGACGACCAGCCACGUCAAGCCCCUGCCGAGCUCCUGGAGCUCGUCGGAUCGAUACGGGGACUCCGCACCCCACUCGAUACAGCCCCUCCUCGACUCGGAUUACCUGCAGGACUUGCUGAGGGCGAAUCUCGCGCUCGUGCCCCAGGAGACGGCGCAAAAGCCCAACGGCAGUGCGGAACAGUUUGACGAGGCCCAUCACUUCGAGUGGGCCCGUGAAAUGAUACACUACUGAUGUCGUGCCGGUGGCCGACCCAAUAUAGACGGCGAGGAUCAUCCACCCGACUCACCCCCGCCUCCCGCUACAAAACACUACGCACACGUUUCAAGACUGUAAAGCGCUUCUACAUCUGUAUUCUCGCGUGCCCCCGAGCAAACCCGCGCGCACG